AUGUCAAAGCAACUGCUACACAAGUUUCCAGAACGUCUCUGCAAGGAUAGCCAUGUUUGUAAAGAAAAUCACUGCAAUGGGAGAGUUGGCUAUCCUGCAGUGGAGCACCCACUUAGUGAGUGGUCAUUUGAACGAAACAAUGAUGGGUGCAGCGUGAAAGGUAAAGACAUUGCUAGUUCACCACCCACAGUGUUUGCUGAUGCUGAUGACAAAAUGCUCAUUGUCAAUGGCUCAUCUGAUGGUUUGGCUCCCUGUUUUUCUCAAAGAAAUAGUACAAUUGAUGGUGCUUUCACUCUAAUCUUCUGGUUGAUGGCAGACUGCCGAAACUGCUCAGUUCUGUCAGUGUUGGUGAAAGGGAAGCAGACUGUUCAAAUUCGUAUCAUUGAAGGCUCUAUUUCUGUGGGAAACACUAAUCAACAACAACCAAAUAUUGGCAAGCAAUGGAUUAUGAUUGGCCUUAGGUCUGUAAAUAACCAGGUUACUGUUUUCAUCAGUGACCAACCAAUAAAACUAGAAAACAGUGCAGAAAUUGUAAAUAUUUACAUAGGAAGCGAAGACGUUGCACCAAUCACAGAUAUCUUCCGUAUGUAUUCUGUAAGUUACUACAGGGAUGCUCUAACAAACAGAGAAAUUCAGGCCAAGAGGGUAGGCAUAACAGAUCCAACAAUCCAGUAUGAAGACUGUCAGUGUCCCAUUGAUCACUUUGAAGAAGUGGGUGACAACAACUGCACAGAUGGAACAUCCUACAUCCAGAGAUUCAUCCCAGAGCUUUUUUACAAUGCCAGUGUCACUGUGGAUGGUGACCACAACACCUACUGGGCAUCUUCAGACCAGGGAGAUGCUGUGCUAAUAUUAAACUUUAAUAUUUCAUUUCAGAUUGAGACAAUUAGAGUCUUUUUUAAUUCUAAGUUACCACAGCAAGUAUCAUUCUUCCUGUUUUCUGAAGGACAACAAAAGAGCUCUGGGGACUUUUUAU